CAUGGAGGGGGAGGGACGGUGACGUCAGCUACUCCACCAGGUGGUAUUGUGUGAGAGGGGGUAACAAUCUGAAUUCCUCCGCUUCCCCGGGAGUGAUGCAUGCAGGGAAAAAAAGGCAGAGCUCCCUCCUCCUCCUCCUUCCUCCUCCAUCUCUGCAGCAGCACACGGAGCUACAGCAGCAGGAGGAAGAGGAGGAGGAACAAUAAGCUCAGAGGAGGCUCCGCAGUCCGGCGGCGUGUCGCAGUUUUAGCGGGAGCUGGUGAAGCGGCUGCCCGGAGGAGGAGGCAGGGGGCCGGCAGAGGGAACAUGUCCUCCCCGCAGGUGUCCCGCCGGCAGUCGUGCUACCUGUGCGACCUGCCGCGCAUGCCUUGGGCCAUGAUCUGGGACUUCACGGAGCCCGUGUGCCGCGGAUGCGUCAACUAUGAGGGCGCGGACCGGAUCGAGUUCGUCAUCGAGACUGCCCGCCACCUGAAGCGCGCUCACGGCUUCCAGGAGGCCCGCGGCGCCGCGGGAGCGCCCCCGCAGCAGCAGCCCGGGGCGACGAAGAGCCAGGCGGCCAUACUAAGCGGCAAAGAGCCGCCGAGCCACCACCACCACCCGGCGGAUGGUGCAGCCAAGCCCCAGCAUCCCGGGACGGACCGCUACUCGCUGGGACGCUUCGACUACGGCGGCAGGCCGCCCACCGGACUUGGAGGACCGAACGGCUUCAAGGACGACGGCCCGCCGGAGCUGAACCGCCAGAGCCCGAACUCCCGCGGCAGGACCCCCGCCGGACCGCCGUCCGCCGCCGUGCCACCCAGCCUGCUGCCGCAGACGGGCCGGGCCGAGCCCGGGGCGAAGCGGCCCGCCUCGGUUUCCGCCGCCGACCCGGACCGGGAGCUGAAGGAAAAGCAGCGCAACGCGGAGGUGCUGGCAGAGUUGAGCGACAGCCUGCGGAGCCGCCAGGAAGAGUGGGCGGGCCGGCCGAAGGCCGUGCGCGACACGCUGCUUGCGCUCACCGGAAGCACGCCCUUCGACGUCCGCUUCAAGAAGGACCACGCGCUGUUGGGCCGCGUGUUCGCCUUCGACGCCGCGUCGAAGCCCGGCGCGGAGCAUGAGCUGAAGCUGUUCAUCGAGUACCCGAGCGGCUCCGGGACGGUGUUCUCCAGCGCCUCGGGGGUGGCCAAGCAGAUGUACCAGGACUGCAUGAAAGACUUCGGGCGCGGGCUGUCGUCCGGCUUUAAGUACCUGGAGUACGAGAAGAAGCCGGGCUCCGGGGACUGGCGGCUGCUCGGGGACCUGCUGCCGGAGCCGCUGCGCUUCUUUCGGGAGCCGCUGUCCGUAGAGCUGCUACCGCAGCCGCACGCCGACGGCGGCUUCCCGCUGCCGCCAGGACGGGCGGGGGGCUCCCGGCCCGGGCUGAGGAAGAGGAAGGCCUCCCCGGAGCCCGACUCUGCGGACGAGCAGCAGCGGCAGCAGUGGCUCGGGGGCCCGGUCGAGGCCCUCAAGACCCCCCCGGAAUCCGCCACCGCCCCGCCGCAGAACGGACAGUCCCCCAUGGCCGCGCUCAUGUCAGUGGCGGACGCGCUCGGUAACGCGCACUCGCCCGGCAAGGACAGAGACUCCGCCGCGCACUCCAGACACGCGGCCGGCAGCCCGGCGUCCCCGGCCUCAGCCUCCGGCCAAAGGCGCCUCUCCUCCCGCAACGGGGACCUCGGGCUGCCCGCACAGGACCAGGUGCACGCGCAGAGCGUGCCCGACUCCCCCGUGGCCAACAGCGGACCGCUGUGUUGCACCAUCUGCCACGAGCGUCUGGAGGACACUCACUUCGUGCAGUGUCCCUCCGUCCCCGGACACAAGUUCUGCUUCCCCUGCUCCCGGGAGAGCAUCAAGGCCCAAGGGGCUUCCGGGGAGGUGUACUGCCCCAGUGGGGACAAGUGCCCGCUAGUCGGCUCCAACGUGCCCUGGGCAUUUAUGCAGGGGGAGAUUUCCACCAUCCUGGCUGGAGAUGUGAAGGUAAAGAAGGAGAGGGACCCCUGAGGAGGAGGUGCUGGAGCCUCAAGCCCAGACUUUGUUUUUUAUAUUCCCUGGAUCACAGCCUAGGUCGAGGUACUUCAGCCUGCCCCCCACAGAGAUUCGCUCUAACUUAAACUCAGUCAAAUAUUCAAACCAUGAAGAACAGCAAACUGUUUCAGUCGUUUAGAGUCUGGACUGGUGAUCACGUGAAAGCUUUUCUGAUUUAACACUUUCCACCUUCCUUUGUCAUCGUGUCUGUUUUCGAUGUGACGGAGGUCAAAGGUUGAGUUUCAACCUGGCGUCAAUAAAAUAAAUGAGUGUUACUGAUCCAAAGCAGCGCUAACACUCUUCAGUUUAUACGUCGAGCUGCCUCUAGCUCCGUGUGUGUGCAGUAAGAUCAUGCAUGCUAUAGUUUCUGUCCAACACUCAGUCUUCUUUACUGUGAGGCUUAAAAUAACCUCAAUAUUCUGUUAAAAUGAGUUCAUGUUAUUACAGGUGUGUGUGUGUGUGUGUGUGUGUGUGUGUGUGUGUGUGUGUGUGUGUGUGUCAUUACACCCAUGAGUACAAAUGUGUGACCACUGCGCCGGACCGUCAGCCCGUUUCUGCAUCUGUAAAGAAAACCUGAUAAAAAUACGUUGAAGGCUUGAAACGGAGAUUAUCGUGAUGCAGUUUAAUAAACGUCUCGGACAAGCAGGCGAUUCUUAUUUUGAAACAAAGAAAUAUGUUAAAAUUUAUAAGAAAAAUGUAAUCGUCCAAAUUAUCCAAACUCCGAUGUAUGACAUCAGAGUGAUCUUUGGUUCGUCUGGCGUUUAAACUUGUGCGUUUACUUUGUGAAUGAGUCGUUUGUGUUUUUGUCUGUUGUUCAGGACGAUGUGCUCACAGACUGAAACAGUUUGACUGAAACAUGGAACAUUACUGACGUUAAUCUGUGCAUGUUGUGUGGGUCCAGGUGUCCCUCCCGCCGUUGCUCAUGUUCGUCUGGAGUUUGGUUAACAUACAGUCACAGUUUGUGUCCGAGUCGCCGUCACACUUCUCACAGUGAAACUCACAUCAGUUAUGUUUGUUUAAAACGGUCGUAAAUUCUUCCUGUUUGAUAAACGAACCCGUUGACGACCGGGUGGAGACACGCGUGGAGGGGAGGCGGUGCUCACGUUCAGCGUUUAUUACCUUUGACUCUUUCUAAUUAACGUCGUGGACAUCAUCAAGCUCGUGAUCUCAGAAUGACAUCAGGCUGUGACUGUUGUGAAGCAAAGGUCUGUUAGCAGCGAUGAGACCGGCGGGGAGUUUCAGGGCGUCUUUGUGCACGUUCCCACUGCAGGAAGCGGCCGGUAGGACGCCGUUUCAGGAGGAGAAAGCGCUCACUUACAAUCCGUCGCUCCACGUUCCCACUCUGUGGAGCCGCACUCGCCGCAGCUGGAGGGGCUCUUCAUGAAGGGUUAUUCCAGAAAUGCAGCUGAAGCUGUGGAGCACGCUCACAGCAGGUCCAUACCUGUGUCAGGUGUCCUCACUGUGAGCGUGCACACACACUCGUUUUGAACGGAUCGUCACAACGAUCGCCACCGUCCGCUGUGAGCUCACAGAGCCUUUGUUAAGUUAUUGCUCGUGGUUUUGGUGCCUUUAACGAGGCGUCGCACAAAGAUCAGCUCGGUAACCUUCUCGGCAGUAGACUGUCACUCCUGUGGCACGUCGGCAGAAGCGGGGGUGUUGAGCUUAAGAUGAUUAGACAAUAACUGGCUGUGUGCAGACUUGAACUUUAACCUCAGGCUUGUUGGACGUGCGGAUGAAACGGGCGUCAUGCUGUUUACAGAGCCGCUCCUCGCCUGAAACAGCUGCAGCAUCAGUUCACCUCCUCCAACCCAACAUGGCUGAGAGGAGGCGCGGCCGCGUUCGCUCGUGACUCUGAUCUCUGCAGCAGCUUUGAGACUCGCUGCAGCCGUGAGCCGUCACCGUUCAGCUGUGCGUGUUUGCUCCUCAUAACUCGCUUAUAGAAACUUUCUGGGCUUUAAAAAACAAACAAACUUCAUAGUUGGAUUCGUCCAGCGAAUAAAUGUUAUGUUUCUGUUGCACCUGGAUCCACAAAGCAAACGCAAAGAUGGAGGUCAGACUGAUGAAUUCUUCAUUUUCAGUCAAGUUAAAACAAGUUAACUCCCAAAUGCAGAGAGUUUCUGCUGUGGACAAACUGGUUCCAGUGGUUUGAAGUGAACCAACCAAAAACGCCUCGACUUUGGCCCUGACAGUUGGAAGGUAAAGUCACCUCGAGGAACACAUCUGCUGCUCGUUUGCUGGUUUUCUUCUGUUUGAACUGGACAGGAAGUGAGACCCGUGAACACGCUAGCUCUCUGACGGCUGUCGGAGAGACUAAACAGGAAGUUUGUUUCUUCUGCCCGGAAAGCCAACGGUGUCAGAGUAUAAUUAUGCUGACGUUUCACUGCAGAUGUAAACGAAUAAAUCAGCAUAAAAACAGACGAGCAGGACGUAGAGUCAUGUUUAAACGACCCUUGGAAUUGUGUUUCAUUUCUACCUUGUGUCAUGAUCUAAAUGUAAAACAGAAAAAAAAACCUUUUGUACUUAAACUGUGUCAGAUGUUUUGGGACAUCAAAGAGGAAACCGUGCACACGCCGUCUUCCCUCCGUCCAGGUUCCAGCCGAGUUUGGAGCAGACAGCUGAACUUAUAAAUAUUCUACAUGUGGAUGUUUUAGAAAACGUGUUUAACAAAGAAACGAGCGUGUUGUGUUGUCGUGGAGAUGAAGGCGUGGUCAGUGCCGUGGUGUUUAGGAGGUUCAGUGUGAGGCAGCCGGUAGUCACUAACACAUGCUCCAUUUUUACAUUAGAAAGUCGUGUCUGUAAAGAAAACAACAAAAAAAAGCAAUUUUUUUUUAUUUUUAUAGAAAUAAUUUAUUCAUAUUAUCAUUUUGAAUUUGAAUUUAAUUUUUCCUUUCUAAUAUAUUUUGUACUGCAAUAAGAAGCCCCUCCUCUCUGUUCCUGCCUCACAUUAAGGUUCAGCUUGUUUUGUGUUUCUGUUCAGAUAAAAAUGAAACUAACACAUUUGAUCUUGUAACGUGCCUUGGAGCUGAGUCGGUUGUAAUAAAUUCCUUUUCUGUCAAA